AUGACUACAUCAACAAAUCGUGAAGGAAUUUCAAAAGAAAAUAUUGUGCUAAUUCCAUUACAUAAAACUUCAACAGAAAAUAUUGUAUCGUUGGAAAGACGUCAAAUCUCUGAUGUUAAUGAUCCAAAUAUUUUACAUCGAGGCAGCGGUCCUAAUUCCGAUUUUAUCAUUUAUAAAAACUCACAAGCCGAUUAUUUUUCAUUUAUUAAACGCUUAAUGGAAUUAAUGCGUAAUUAUGUGAAUAUAAGAAAAAUGGAAUUAGACAUACGAACACUUGAGAAUAGAUUAGAACCAGGAAAUCCGAUACAUCAAAAAGAUCCGAAACGCUACGAAGAUUUGAUCAAGGAAAAACUUUUAGAUUUGCUUGAACAGGCAUUUCCAAAUACAAUGCAAGUCAGCGAUUUAGCAAAAUAUGUUGAAUGUGAUGCACAAAGAAUAUUUCAAUUUUUAGUUGAACUGGAAACAAAAAAUUUAGUAAAACAUUUAGUAAGUGUAUUUACUGAACAGCAUAAUCUUUUUUUUGCUUGUAUUUGUUUGAAGGAUGAAGACGGUCAAUUAUGGACACGUGUUAUAAUAACGGCCUCAGAAGAGGAUACGCAUAAGGUGAUAUUAUACAAAUCUGUAUUAGAAGUUUCAAGUAUAUUUCAACCAACUAUUGCUAUCAUAACGGUGAAUUAUUUUGAAAAAUUAGCGGUUGAUUCAAUGAUUGAAAAUAAAGUGACAUUUGUUCGACAUAAAACAGGAGAUUCAAAUGUGUAUACAAUUGGAACCAUUGGUCCUCAUCAUGUUGUUUCAACCAAAUUACCUCUAAUUGGUAGAAGUCGAACAGCACAAAUAUCAACCGGAAGCACUACAACUCGUCUACUCGGAACAUUUCAACAUAUUGUUCAUGUUUUUGUAAUCGGGUGUGCAGGAGGCGUACCUCAUUAUACAGAUUAUACAAAACAUGUGAGACGAGGUGACAUUGUUGUCGGCUAUCCCAGUCAAGAACAAUAUGUUUAUGGGAUCUAUGAAGUAGAACAAUCGAAUGAAGGCUUUGAAUUUGUUUCGACAUGUUUUAAACCAAAAAGUUUUGAACUAUAUAAUAUUGUUGAUUCAAUAAAACAAAAUUAUCAACAGACAAAAUCCUCGAACAUACAACAUCCAUGGGAAAAAUUCCUUGCUGAAGGAAUCAAGAAUCUUUCAUCGCACAAUAUCGAGUGUAUUCCACCAACUCACAAUGAUAAGUUAUAUCUCAAGAUGGGUAGUGGUGAUGUUGUGGAAGUCGAACAUCCAACAGAACAACAAUCUCAGCAAAUAAAAUCAUCAAAGCAAAAGGAUUAUCAUUCUCCAACGUUAAGAUUUGGAAUGAUUGCUGGAGGAAAAAAUGUAGUGAAUAACGACUAUUUAAAAACCGUAUUAUCUGAUACAUGUAAUGUGCUAUGUUUCGAUUUGGAAAUUGAUCAAGUUUUAGCUGCUAUACAAGGAAAUCGGACAGAAUCAUUUCUCAUUAUAAGAGGCAUAUCAGAUUAUCAUGAUGGAACAUUAAAUAAAGAUUGGCAAUAUAUUGCAAAUCAGAAAUUGUGUGCCCAUGUUAUGGAAAAGAAACCUAAUCGACAUUCAAAGGAUGCAAAUUUGGACGCUGGUUAUGUGUCGAUUGAUCAGUCUUCAUUAUACAAUCAUCUAGGAUUACAUGGGAAAAAAUUAGUCUGUUUUAUGGUCUCCUCUUCUUUGUUCUUAUUAGUUUUAUCAACUAAGAUAGAUAAAUUAAAAAUGCCUGAUCAUCGCACAUAUCAAGAUUCGUUUUAUGGUUGGACAAUACCAAAAGCAGUCUCUGUUUGUACUAAUACAUUGAAAGAAUGUAAUCUUCCUCCAGCGACAAUUCAACAAUUAUUAUCAAUGAGUGAAUCACAAAUAUUAGGCACAUCUCCAUCAAUCGACACUCUGGCAGAUAUAUCAGAAAAACAUUCAAUUUCUAUUGAACAAAUUCUUUAUAUUUUCAAUGGUUUUGUUCAUGUAUUAAAAUUGGCAUUAAAAACACCAGCAGCAUUUCUUAAAUCGGAGAUUUUCAAAGAUGAUCUAAAAGAAUUAAAAUUUUCUGAAUCCAUCAUACAAGAAUUAAACAAUAUUUUAUUUGGACCACGGCGUGAACAACUUUAUUCUGCAAUCAGUGAACAUAAUCGUCCAAGAUUGCCGUCGAUAAAAACGUUUGACUGGAAUUUAGAUGUCACCCUAACAACUGGAUCAUUGUCUCGUUGUGUGGAGCCUUUACUUUUAUUUCAAUUUCGUACAAACGAUGAUAAAGUUUCAACAUUUGAAGUUCCAAUAAAAGCAUUUAAUGAAUUGAGAUAUAAUACUGCUUUAGCAAUUAAAGAAAUGGAGGAUAUUGAUAAUAAAGCAGCAUUGAAACUAUUAGAAACCUAA